AUGAGCGACCCCGCUCCCCCUCCUCCCUCGGCCGGUGCCGCCGACCUCGACCCCAACAGCGCCCGCCCGGCCAAGGGCGUCCUCGAGGUCAUGAGCCAGGCCGGCGAGCUCCUCGAGAUCCCGCUCGUCGACAUCUUUGCCAACCCGAGCGACGACGCCGUCCACGAGCAGCUCGUCGACCUCGCCCGCCUCCUCGACACGGAGCGCGCUCCGGUUCUCGCCUGGGUCCGCCUCGUCGACACGUCCUUCCUCCACGGCCGCACCCGCCACGCCCUCCAGUUCGCCGACCAGGCCCUCGCCGUCUUUGCCCGCCCCGGCGCCAACCCGCUCGACCGCGUCCCGAUCCUGUGCCUCAAGGCCAACAUGAGCCUCGCCCUCGCGCGCAAGGCCCCGAAACAGAAGCUCGAGCACCCGUCGACCGGGCCCAUCCAGCUCCCGCGUGACCCGCACCACCCCGAGGCCGCGCUCGCCGGCGCGACCGUCAACAGCGCCGGCCGAGACGACCCCAUGCUCAAGGGCGAGUACCUGUACCGCGCCGGCAUCGACCUCGACCAGGCGGGCCACAUCGACCCGGACAGCAAGGUCGUGCGCGACAUCAAGGCCGCCUGGCUCCUCGCCCAGGGCCAGCACGACUACGCCCUCAAGCUGUGGGACCAGAUCCUCGCCGACGAGCCGACCCACCUCAUGGCCCUCAUGGGCCGCGCCCGCAUCCAGUUCUCGCAGCGCGCGUUCCGCCCGGCCCUCAAGACGUACCAGCAGGUCCUCACCCUCCGCCCCGACUUUCUCCCCGACCCGAGGAUCGGCAUCGGCCUGUGCUUCUGGAUGCUCGGCGACCGCGACAAGGCCCGCAGGGCGUGGGAGCGCAGCAUGGUCGUCAACCCGAACAACAAGUCGCCCUCGGCGGCCCUCCUCCUCGGCCUCCUCCACCUCAACGCGUCCAAGGACCCGCUCCACCCAGGCGGCUCGACGGCGCGCACGGCCGCCUACGCGCGCGGGCUCGCCCUCAUCCAGGCCGCGUUCAAGAAGGACAACACGUCGGCGACGGCGGCCGCCAUGGGCCCGAUCGCGUCGCACCUGCUCAGCACGGGCGGGCCCCACGGCGCCGCGCUCAAGCUCGCCGAGCGCAUGCUGUCGUUCGCCGACGCGCGCCUCCUGGUCGCCGAGGCGCACCUCGUGCGCGCGCGCGCCCUCGACGCCGACCCGCACUCGAGCGCGUUCGCCGGCGCCGAGCUCGAGCGCACCUACACGGCCGCGCGCGACGCCAACCCGGACCUCGUCAUGGCGCACCUCGGCCUCGGGUCGGUCCACAUCCGCCUCGAGCAGUUCCCGCAGGCGCUCCACACGUUCGAGACGCUCCUGCGCCGCCACCCGCGCUGCGUCGAGGCGCUCGUCGCCCUCGCGAGCAUCCACGCCCACCUCGCUUUCACGUUCCACAGCGUGAGCGACGCCCAGGGCGCGCGCAAGAGCGCCAAGCAGGCGUACGAGCAGGUCCUGCGCGUCUUUGCCGCCGGCAAGGACAAGGGCUCGGCGGCGGCCGCGUCGGCGCUCACGGGCGAGGACCUGUCGGUCGCCAAGUCGGAGCGCGUGCGGGCCCUCGCCGCCGACCGCGACCUGUACGUCGAGAUUGCGCGCCUGUGGGCCGACGAGGAGCCGAGCGUCGAGAAGAGCCUCCAGGCGUGGCUCCAGGCGGCGAGGAUCGAGCAGGACCGCGCCGACGACGCGGCAGAAGACGCGGCGGCGGCGAGGGCGGCGGCGGCAGCGGCAGCGGCGGGAGGAGAUGGAGAGGGCGCUGGCGAGGUCAAGGCCAAGGUCGAGGAGGGCGAUGGCGAGGACGCGGUCGACCCCCGCAUCCGCAACAACAUCGGCGUCCUCUUCUUCAACCGCCGCAACGGCACCUCGUCGGCCGCCCUCGACCCGUCGUCGUCGUCAGGCGGCGCCGGCCACGGGCAGGCGCACCUCGUGCGUGCCCAGACCGAGCUCGAGUUCGCCGCCGCGAAGCUCGGCGCACAGGUCCAGGGCACGUUCGACGGCGGCGAGACGGACGCCCAGGUGACGUGCGUCGGCUUCAACCUGGCGGCGGUGCGCGAGGCGCUCGGCGACGUCGAGCGCGCAAAGGCCGAGUGGAGCGGGCUCCUGCAGGUGCACCCCGAGUUUGUCGACGCCAAAGCCCGUCUCGCCCUCCUGGCGCUCAAGACGAAGCAGCCCGAGCAGGCCCUCAUGGCCGCCACCCUAAUCAAGGAGGGCCUCACGUCGAACCCGAGCAACGUCGAGUUGCGCGCCCUGUACACCUACUUCCUCAUCGAGACGGGCCAGUCGGCCGUCGCCAUCAACUUUGCGCGCGACACGCUCAAGUCGGUCGCCCGCCACGACGUGUACGCCAUGUGCGUCGUCGGCACGCUGUACUACCAGGACGCGCGCGAGAACAAGCACCCGUCCAAGGAGGCGCAGCGCGACCGCGCCGCCAAGUACGUUCGCGCCGCCGAGUACUUCGACAAGGCGCUUCAGCUGUCGCCCCAGUGCGCGUUCGCCGCCCAGGGCCUCGCCAUCGGCCUCGCCGAGGGCAUGUUCGGCAACGGUCCCGCCGAGGCGGGCGCCGCCGCGACCUCGGGCUCGUCGUCGUCGGCCGCCGCCGCCGCCGCCGCCGCCGCGCAGCCGCUCACCGAGAGCCAGGCGCGUGUGCGCAACUCGCGCGACGCGCUCAACAUCCUCACCAAGGUCAAGGAGAGCGUCAACGACGCGAGCGUGUACGUCAACAUCGGGCACUGCCACUUUCUGCGCAGCGAGUUUGACCGCGCCAUCGAGAACUACGCGACCGCCUCUCGCCGGUACCUGCACGGCAAGAGCUCGUCCGUCCUGUGGUACCUGUCGCGCGCCUACUUCCACAAGGCCGAGUCGGAGCAGAACUUUGCGGCGCUGCAGCACGCGAUCGAGUUUGGGCAAAAGGCGACCGACCUGCGCCCGUCCGACCUCGUCAACAAGUACAACAUGGCGCUCUUGAAGCAGACCGGGCUCCACAUCCUGUCGCAGGUCGCCAUCGAGAAGCGCACGUCCCUCGAGCUCAAGGCGGCGUACGAGCACCUCCAGUCGGCCCAGAUCCUGUUUGAGGAGCUCACGUCGGCGACGCCCGACCCGUGCCCGUACCCUCGCGACAUUGUCAAGUCGCGCCGGUCGUACGCCGCGUCGCUCGAGCGGCGGUUCCAGGGCAUGCUCGACGCGCAGGACGCGUACGAGGCGACAGAGGCGGGCAAGCUCGAGCAGGCGCGGCGCGCGCGCGAGGAGGAGCAGCGCCGGCGCGACGAGGCCGAGCGCGAGCGGCUCGCCGUCAUCCAGCGGCAGGCCGAGGCGCUCGCCGAGCAGCGCAAGCGCAUGCGCGAGGAGGCCGAGCAGUGGGCGGCCAUGAGCAAGGAGUGGGUCGACAACGACGACGACGACGAGGGCAAGAAGAAGCGCGGCGCGGGCGGCGGCGGCAAGAAGCGCAAGAGCACCAAGCUCAAGGGCGGCGACGACGACGCGUUUGGCGAGUCGGGCAGCGACGACGACGAGGGCGCAAAGCCGGCCAAGAAGAAGCGCGCGAAAAAGGACAAGGAGCCCAAGGCCAAGAAGGGCGGGCGCAAGAGCAAGGCGGUCGAGGCGGCAGGAGGAGAAGGCGGCGACGCGCGGCCGAUGGACCUCGACGAGCAGUACGACGAGGACGACGAGGACGCGCCGAUCCGGUCCCGGCGCCGCAAGACCAAGUCGAGCGGGCUCGUCAAGUCGGCCGAGUUCAUCCAGGACAGCGACGACGACGACGACGAGGGAGCGGGAGAGCCGUGAGGGUCGCGUGCAACGAAGGGACGCUUGCCCACCUG